AUGUCGUUGGACAAGGAGCACGCACCUGCGGACGGGAGGAAUGGGCAAGGGAGUGAGGAGGGCGGGGUAGAGAAGGGCAAGGGUAAGGGCAAGGGCAAGGGCAAGGGCAAGGGCAAGGGCAAGGGCAAGGGCAAGGGAAAGGGCAAGGGCAAGGGCAAGAAGAAGAUCAAGUACCUCUCGGUCAAGGUCACCUUUGUGCCGUUGCCUGACGCUCCGCCGCCAAAGGGCGGUCCGCUGGCGACAACGAUGAUGCUCGACUUUCGGCCGCAGGCAACCAUGACUGAGCUCGCACUGGCGGUAGCGACAUUUUAUGGGGUCGACGAUAAGCGCGAGCGGUUCCAUUUCACCGAUGGUGACGGCGGCGAGCUUGAGCUCGACUCCAAGGGCCGGCUGGUGCUCGACACUGCUGUUCUGGGCAAGGGCCUUCUCUUCUGCCCAACAGACGACGUAGCGUUCACCAGCGCGGUUCCAGAGCGAGCGGAUCCACGGGCGUCACGGCGGAUCUCGCUGGCGCCGGGCGCACACGGCGCGCUGCCACUCAACGCCCCGCCGCCGCUGCCCAAAAAGCGUGUUCUGCGGUGCACGGCGUGCGAGGGCCGGAUCGAUCCCGAGUCAUUUUACAUUGCGCUGUCAGCGCUCGAGACGCACCGCGGCGGGCCGCCGGACCGCAAGCUCUCGCUAUCGACGAUGAUGCUCAACGACCAGGCAUUCCACGCCAAGCUGGGAGCGGUGCUUGGAUCGACGCGUGACCUCGCGCAGAUGGUGCGGAACACAUCGGACGCGCUGGCGUCGACGAUGAAUGAUCCGGUGCUUCCGAUCAUGGUUGUGGGUGCAUCGUCGGUCGGCAAGACUGCGCUCUGCCACCGGAUGGUGGCAGACUCGUUUCUGGCCGAGUACGCGCCGAGCGUUCAGGACACGCAGUACGGGACGAAGCGUGUCGAUGGCGUCUCGUGCCUCAUCUAUGACACGACACCGCUAACCGAGUGGGAUGACACCAGUUUGAAGCUGUCGGACCAUGGCUUUGCUGUGUGCUUCUCAGUCAUGUCACUGACGUCGCUGGGACAGGCGCGCAAGCUGCUCUCGUCGCUCUCGAAGGCACUGAUGGUGGUUCUUGUGGCGACCAAGGGUGAUGCACCCGACGCAGAGCGAGUAGUCGAUGAGGAGGACGCUCUGGAUCUGGCGGAGGAAUUCAAGCGACCAUACCUGGAGACGUCUGCGUCGAGUGGGGCCAACGUUGGCCGGAUCCUGGAAGAGCUGGUCUUCCAGACCCGACAGUACAACCGGCGGUUGCUGAGCUCGCGGUCGCGCAAGGGCUCGUCGUCCAAGCCGACCAAAGCGCAGCGAAAGGCGGUCAAGGCGCAGCGAAAAGCGGCGGCCAAGGCGGCCAAGAAGCGAUCUGCCGCGCCGCCGCCCAAGCCGCCACCGCCAACGCUCAAGGUACCUGAGGCAUUUGGCGCGACGCUGGAGGCGACGCUGGCGGCCGAUGCCGCCCGCGGCGGUGAGCUGAAUCGGGCCAAUCCUCAGAUCCCUUUCAUCAUUGAUGUGGCGUGCCAGUACUUGCAACAGCCAGAGAACGCAUCGCUUGUGGGUUUGUUCCGAGUCUCACCGAUGGCGGCACAGCUUGACGACGUGCUUGCCUCGUUUGACAGCAUCACGUGCGUCGAGGACCUCGACGACGCCGUCGAGGAUCCACACAUUGUGAGCUCGCUGCUCAAAAAGUACCUCCGCGAACUACCGGAGCCGCUCUUGCCCGAGGACGAGUUCGACGAUGUCAUCGACGAUGCUUCGAGCCUGGUCGCUGGCGACGCCGACCCCGGACCGGUGACCAUUUCCGGCUACGCGGCCAUCAACAAGAUGACUGCCUCCAACCUUGCUAUUGUUCUCGGCCCGAACAUUCUCCGCAAGACCGGGCUCUCGCCGCUGGAGGAGCUUGAGGCGUCCAAGCCCAUCUCGGCGCUGACCACGGCGCUGAUUGCUGCGGCCGAACCACUGGGCGCUGAUGGCGACGCAUGCGACACCGAAGAGAGCGCGCCCAGACCGGUAUCGCCCAAGGUCGCGUCGUCGCCAAGCACACCGGCGCCACCGCCACGCAAGGUUGUGCCGCCACCCGACGCGUCGCCAAGAACACCGGCGCCACCGCCACGCAAGGUUGUGCCGCCACCCGACGCGUCGCCAAGCACACCGGCGCCACCGCCACGCAAAGUUGUGCCGCCACCGGACGCGUCGCCAAGAACACCGGCGCCGCCACCACGCAAGAUCCUGCCGCCACCGGACGCGUCGCCAAGCACACCGGCGCCGCCGCCUCGUAAGGCCGUGCCGCCACCGGACUCGCCGGCACUGCCGCCGCGCAAGGUUGUGCCGCCGCCCCGGCGGCAGGAGAGCAAGGAAACUCCGAUCCCACUGCCUACACGGUCGGCGUCCAAGUCGGCGGCGGCUCAGCGUGCGCUCGAAUCCGGGCGGCGGCCGCCGCGAUCGGCGUCGGCCGGGCCGGGCGCGAGCCCUACGGUUGCGUGCCGACGGUCGGCGACAGUGCACUCUACACCACCUCCACCGGUGGCCAAGAUCAAGCGAAGCCACGCGCCAGUGCCGGCGACCGCGGUGGCCACGGUCAUGGUUGCCAAGCCAGCGGCAGCAAGACCGCGACCGGCGCGGGCGGCACCGAAGCCUGUGCCCAAGACCGGGCCGCGCCCAGCAGCAUCAAUCAAAACCGCCAGCAGCGCGCCGGGUCACAAGGAUUCGGACAUUGUCGGUGUGGUGGCACAACAAGUUUUCCGCCGCCUCCCGUUGUGA